AUGUCCUCUGGAAAAUCUAAGGCUCAAUCUUUGAAGGUAACUCAUGUUUGUCCACUAUGCAGAAUUUCGCAUAAAGCCUGUAGAACCAUAAAGUGUGGGGUUGGAGAGAAAUUUCUUGAUUUUGGAAUUGCAAAGCCUUGGCUUGUAAAUUGCAACAAAGAGUUAUGCUCUCUGUUCAAAGAGUUUAAGGGUGAUCCAUGCCAACGAAAGCAAUUCAAGGUGGUGAUUGAGGAAAGAAUGCAUGAAGUCUAUCAUAUAUGUGUCAUCUUGGAAAAACAAUACUCUGAUGAUCACGACACGUUUACAGAUAAGUUCUUUAAAGUGAUUUCAGAUUUCUAUGAUGACCUUAUCGAAGAGGUGAAACUGAUUGAAGCCAUUGAUAUGGACGACAGUGAUGAUGAUUUUACAAUCCCAAAGCCUCCUUCAAUCUUGGUACAAUCUUCUUCGUCUCCAUCGCCUUAUAGUAGUAGAACAGUCUUGCAACAUACGACUCCAUCAUCAAUUUGCUCUCCUUUUGCCAAUUCCGAGGAGGAUAUUGUGUUAUCGGGAUUAGUCAACCAAACUUCAAGUAUGAAAAAGCGCAAGAAAAGUCAAGCUCUUUCUGAAGACGAAAAUGAAGACUGA